AUGGAUUUCACGGUGGAGAAUAUAACCCGGGAGGCAAUGACGAUGGAGGACAUCGCUCCGCUACCAAUCCCGAAAGAGCAGCUUCUUCACUCUCGAUACCAAUGCAAUUUCAUAUUCAUACUGCUCGGCCUCACAUACAUUCUCUGGUAUACGAGAGAAGUCGUAGAGGCUGGACGCUGGUUUCAGCGCGCGAACAAUUUGGAUGUGGAGGCUCUCUGGGAUGAAGUCAACGACAUGCCAGAGUUCGGUGACUUUUGGGAGGAGCUCGGCAUGAUGGUCUUUGCAAUAGAUUUACUCUGGUGGCGCUUAUGGUGGUUCAACCUUGAGAUCUACGACGUGCUCCUCCACAUAAUCCGCCUACGACUCAUCUUGAAGUCUUCGCUUUUGAACGUUGACAGUUUUAUUCGCGUUCAUAUUCCACUUUCAGACACGGAGUUUGAUUUUCUUUUUAUGUUUAUCCUACGAAGCCAACGACGAAGCCGAGAACGCACCAGAAGGAGAUUAAGAGCCAUGGAAGUCAGACACAAUCAACAAUUGUCUCUCAGCCAUCCAAUUCUAACCCGCCCAUCCUCACGACAAGACCACGCAUCUCCCCCUCCCGACUCCCCUCCUCGAUUCCCCCUCUCACCAACCCCAACCAACGAUUCCGAACCCGAACUGUCAUUUGCAUCCGGCGACCCUGCGAACCCACGAAAUUGGCCAGCAUGGCGGAAAUGGAGCAUCAUCAUCGCAAUUACAUUGGUAGAUCUCACGGUUUCAUGGGGUGCUUCUGGAUAUUCUCCCGCGGAGACCGAGAUGGAACAAAUAUUUGGUGUCGGUGCUGAAGUCGGGACGUUGGGAUUGAGUCUCUACGUCCUUGGAUUGGCACUCGGUCCUAUGACAUUGGCGCCAUUGUCUGAGUAUUUUGGACGAAGUCCUAUUUACAUCAUUUCUUAUGGUGUGUUCCUUUGCUUGAUACUUGGUACUGCAUUGGUGCAGAACCUAGGCGGUUUUCUUGUUUUAAGAUUCUUUGCUGGUUUAUUUUCUGCUGUUACAAUUGCAAACUUUGGGGGAACCAUUGCAGAUCUCUUUACUUCGACGGAGACAGGGCCUGCUAUGUCAGUAUUUCUAUGGGCUGCGACAGUUGGUUCUCCGUCCGGCUACUUCCUCUUCUCCUUCAUCGCAGCCACAAAAGGCCUCCGCUCCGUCUUCUGGGCUCUCCUCGGAAUCUCCGGUGGUUUCUGGCUCAUCAUGAUCCUCGUCCUCCGCGAGACCAGACACAGCAUCAUCCUCUCACGUCUACACAAACACCAUCGUCAGACUUCCAAACAACCAAUCCCCCAACGAAUCAAACUCGCAGCCGGAAACCUCUACCAAAAGGCUCUAAAACGACCUUUCACAUUCCUCUUCACCGAACCCAUCGUUCAAUUCUGUGCUCUCUACAAUGGCUACCUCUACGGUCUCUCGUUCCUCUUCAACAGCGCAUUCGUCAUCGUCUUCGGCGCACAAGGCCACGGUUUCGGAACUAUAGACACAGGAUUAUGUUUCCUCGGUAUAUGCGUAGGCAUCACACUCGGUCCCAUCACCACAGCAAUAUUCCAAGAACCAUACUACCAGCGAAAGCUAAAACGAAGCAACCGCAAACCCAACCCCGAAGACCGGGUUAUGCUAGGUAAAGUAGCGGGUAUAACAUUUCCAAUAAGUCUCUUCUGGUUCGCAUGGACAAGUUACAGUUUCAUCCACUUCAUCGUACCCAUCCUGGCAUCCGCUCUCUGGGGCUGGUCCUUCUACACGCUCAUCUUGAUGACCUACACAUACACCGAAGAUUCGUAUCACACCUUCUCCGCCUCGGCACUCGCGGGCAUAGGACUUAUACGCAAUAUUGCCGGUGCGGGUUUUCCGCUGUUUGGGAGACAGAUGUACGGGCGGUUGGGGAAUCAGGGGGCGAGUAGUUUGUUGGCGGGGUUGGCGUGUUUGAUGGUUCCGAUUCCGUUUUUGUUGGGGAGGUUUGGGGAGAGGUUGAGGGGACGGAGUCGGUGGGCGGGUGUGGGUGAGGAGGGUGGUGGUUCUGAGGGUGUGGAAAGGAGAGAGGCGGAGGGGAAGGAUGAUGAGGUUUGA